ACUCAAUGGAGUUGUAGUGGUGGUCAAGCAAGAAAAGGGUUAUGCUUGCAUUUUGCUACAGUACACUUCUGUAGGUUAGGGUGCAUAGAGACGGAGCAUCUGGGGGAUAUUCUUGCAUUUGAGUUGUAAAGCUCAGAGGGUAUCUAUUCAAAGAAGGGGGUGUGAGAAAACAUUGAGAAAUUUGAGUUGGGUGGAAUGGAGAUGAGUGAACCAAAGCAGUCUAAGUUUAGGAGGAUUUGUGUGUUUUGUGGGAGUAGCCAGGGCAAGAAAAGUAGCUAUCAAGAUGCUGCUAUUGAGCUUGGCAAGGAAUUGGUCUCAAGGAACAUUGAUCUGGUCUAUGGAGGAGGCAGCAUAGGUUUGAUGGGGUUGGUCUCACAAGCCGUUCAUGAUGGCGGUCGACAUGUCAUUGGAGUUAUUCCCAAGACGCUCAUGCCUCGAGAGUUAACUGGUGAAACAGUAGGGGAAGUGAAGGCUGUUGCAGAUAUGCAUCAAAGGAAGGCUGAGAUGUCUAAGCAUUCAGAUGCCUUUAUUGCCUUACCAGGUGGUUAUGGGACUCUGGAAGAACUACUUGAAGUGAUAACCUGGGCUCAGCUUGGAAUACAUGAAAAACCAGUGGGGCUGCUGAAUGUAGAUGGAUACUAUAACUCGCUACUGUCAUUUAUCGACAAAGCCGUGGAAGAGGGAUUUAUUAGUCCAAGUGCACGCCAGAUAAUUGUGUCUGCAUCUACAGCAAAGGAGUUAGUGAAGAAAUUGGAGGAGUAUGUCCCAUGCCAAGAAGAAGUUGUUUCCAAAUUGAAUUGGGAGAUGGAGCAGCUUAGCUACCCUCAUCAAGAAUAUGAUAUACCUAGGUGACUUGGUAAUGACUGAAUCGAGGAGAAGGUAGAUGGACUUUUGGAAGGUUCUAAUUCACAAAGGACUCAAAAAUUUCCUAUAAUGGGAAUUCUUUUUGUAAAUUACUGCUAAUGACAUCAAUAUUUGAUACCCGAACCUUCUUUUUAACGGAAAUUUGUUUUCGUUUUACAUUGUAAGUACAAGACUACUCAGAAUAGCACUCUUCAUGAUAUCAACUAAUAUAUAUUUUGACUGGUU